UCGGAGAGGAGGAUGAAGAGGUAAACAUCGAAAUUGGAAACAAAGCAGGCGACUUAUUGAACUACGCCACAAUCCCUAACCCAACUGCUGCGCGCCUGCUACCUCUAGCGCCGUCUCAAAUCAACAUAGAUCAAUACGACGAGGACAAGAUAUUGGAUGAGGAACUAUAUGACGCGGAUCCCAGAGAUCCCGCAACAGUACUGGCAGAUGCGCAAUCAAAAACUUCUGGAGUGAGAGGACUGUUGGCAAAGGGUGAUAUUACUGGCGCUCUCAAUAGUGUGUUAGAGAAUCCACCUUACGGCCCAAAGGUAGACGAUGCAAAGAUCUUGACACUGCAAACAGUACUCUCGAUACUCACUUCAACUAAACAACCCGACAUACCUGCAAUCGUGAAGUCUCUACCGUCAGAAUCCCAAGAUACCCUGAUGAAGUAUCUAUACAAAGCAAUGGCAAUGCCGGGAUAUGCCGACGUCAAUUAUGGUGCCCUCCUCACCUGGCAUGAAAAGGUCCCUUGUAAUAGGAAUAAUUUGCACUGCAUUUGGGUAUUUAUUUAUAAUGCCACGAAUUUACAAGGGCAAGACUAUGAGUUCAGACUAGGAAUGGGCAGUCAAGGGUAUUCUCGAGUGCUGCUCAUCACAAUUCCUA